AUGGCGGAUCCUAGUCGGGGGCGCAGUGGCGGCUGCUGUCCGCCGAUGGAUCUGAUGCGGUCGGAGGAGAUGCAGCUCGUGCAGGUUAUCGUUCCCAUCGAGUCCUCUCACCUUACCAUCUCCUAUCUCGGCGAUCUCGGUCUUCUUCAAUUUAAAGAUCUUAAUGCAGACAAAAGCCCCUUCCAACGAACGUAUGCCAACCAGAUCAAAAGAUGCGGAGAGAUGGCGCGGAAGCUACGCCUUUUUAGGGAACAAAUGACAAAGGCUGGAAUAUCUUCAGCAGCAAUGGCUGAUACAUGGACUCAUGUAGAUUUUGAUGACUUGGAGAUAAAACUUGGGGAGCUUGAAGCUGAGCUUGUCGAAGUUAAUGCAAAUAACGAAAAGUUGCAGCGAACUUAUAAUGAACUGUUGGAGUAUAAGCUUGUUCUUCAGAAGACUGGCGAGUUCUUCUACUCAGCUCAAAGUAGCGCUACUGCCCAGCAGAGAGAAAUUGGAGCACAUCAAGUUGGCAUUGGUUCACUUGAGAGUCCUUUGUUGGAGCAAGAGAUGUCAUCAGAUCCUUCGAAACAAGUUAAACUUGGGUUUAUGUGUGGACUUGUGCCCAAGGAGAAGUCUAUGGCUUUUGAAAGAAUCUUGUUCCGUGCUACUAGAGGGAACGUUUAUCUCAAACAAGUUCAAAUUGAUGAGCCUGUCACUGACCCAGUUUCUGGAGAGAAGGUUGCAAAAAAUGUUUUUGUGGUCUUUUACUCUGGAGAAAGAGCAAAGAUUAAGAUCUUAAAAAUUUGUGAAGCUUUUGGAGCCAACCGUUAUCCAUUCACAGAAGACUUUGGCAAGCAGAUGCAAAUGACAGAGGAGGUUUCUGGAAGAAUAACAGAACUGAAGACGACCAUUGAUAUUGGAUUACUUCACCGUGAUAAUAUACUGAAAAAUAUUGCCCACCAAUUUGAACAGUGGAAUCAUUUGGUUAGGAGAGAGAAAUCUAUAUUCCAUACUUUAAACAUGCUAAGUCUUGAUGUUACCAAAAAAUGCCUAGUUGGUGAGGGCUGGUGUCCUGUUUUUGCGACAAGUCAGAUUCAAGAUGCACUUCAGCGGGCUACCUUUGAUAGCAAUUCCCAGGUUGGGUCUAUUUUCCAGGUUCUGCAAACAGGAGAACUCCCUCCUACAUAUUUCCAGACAAACAAAUUUACCACUGCAUUUCAGGAAAUUGUUGACGCAUAUGGUGUUGCAAAGUAUCAAGAAGCAAAUCCUGGUGUAUUUACGAUCAUUACAUUUCCUUUUCUGUUUGCGGUCAUGUUUGGAGAUUGGGGUCAUGGUCUGUGCUUGCUAGUUGCAACUUUGCUUCUCAUAAUCCGAGAAAAGAAGCUAUCUAGUCAGAAACUCGGGGACAUCAUGGAAAUGACCUUCGGUGGUCGCUAUGUAAUUUUGAUGAUGUCGGUUUUCUCAAUUUACACGGGACUAAUCUACAAUGAAUUUUUUUCAGUCCCAUUUGAACUUUUCGGUCCAUCUGCCUAUGCAUGCCGUGAUGCUUCCUGCAGGGAUGCUACUACUGAGGGGUUGAUUAAAGCAAGACGUACAUAUCCAUUUGGUGUUGAUCCCAAGUGGCAUGGUACACGGAGUGAGCUGCCAUUUCUCAAUUCUUUGAAGAUGAAAAUGUCCAUCCUUCUUGGAGUUGCACAAAUGAACCUUGGAAUUUUCUUGAGCUAUUUCAAUGCGAAGUUCUUUGGGAAUAGUAUUAAUAUUUGGUAUCAAUUUGUUCCUCAGUUGAUAUUCUUGAACAGUCUGUUUGGUUACCUUUCUCUACUCAUCAUUGUUAAAUGGUGCACUGGUUCAAAAGCAGAUCUAUACCAUGUGAUGAUAUACAUGUUUCUUAGCCCAACAGAUGAACUUGGUGAGAAUGCGCUAUUUCCUGGCCAAAAGAUGCUUCAGCUUGUAUUACUUGCACUAGCACUUAUAUCUGUUCCUUGGAUGCUGUUUCCGAAGCCCUUCCUUUUAAAGAAGCAACAUCAAGAAAGACAUCAAGGACAGGCUUAUACUAUGCUUCAUGGAAAUGAUAACUCACUUGAAGUGGAAGACAAUGGGGCACAUGACCAUGAAGAAUUUGAAUUUAGUGAGGUUUUUGUUCACCAACUGAUACAUACAAUUGAGUUUGUCCUUGGAGCUGUUUCCAACACUGCUUCAUAUCUUCGACUGUGGGCUCUCAGUCUUGCUCAUUCGGAACUUUCCACUGUGUUCUAUGAGAAGGUCCUCCUCCUUGCAUGGGGGUUCAACAAUGUCUUUAUUCUCAUCAUCGGCUUCGUAGUCUUCAUCUUUGCAACAAUCGGCGUUUUGCUUGUGAUGGAAACAUUAAGCGCGUUCUUGCAUGCCCUGAGGCUUCACUGGGUGGAAUUCCAGAACAAAUUUUAUGAGGGAGAUGGGUACAAGUUUGCGCCAUUUUCAUUCACAUUACUCUCAGCAGAGGAUGAUUAGUUGCACCACAUCGCAUGGAGAUUGUAUAGCAGUUUCAUCGGUUUUAUCGGAUGGAAAUUAUUUCAUGUGCCGUAAAUUUCUUGUUUUUAUUCCGCAAUUCAUAUUGAGGCAUGUGGUUUGCACAUAUGCGAAUAUAUUAUUUUCAUCGACUGCUCAGGUGAUGUUGAUCUCGCCAUCGUCAUUCUUGAUUAUGAAAUGGCCCCUUUGGUAAGUGCUUUUUGCAGGUUUUAAUAAAGUCAUUUUGGUGUAUGAGGUGCGGAACAUGGUUUUAUUUCUGCCAUUUUACAUCAUGUAAUUUAAUGUGAAGCAAAUCUUGUAUAAGAUCAAAUUGAUGUUAUGGUAAAUUUUUUGAGGUAAGUACCUGCAAUCUUUCUAUGAA